GGGCGGGAGGAGGAGGUGUGGGGGGGGCGAUUUUCUGUCAUGGCGCAGCAGCGGGUGCUGCCGCAGAGCAAGGAGACCCUGCUGCAGUCCUACAACAAGCGCCUCAAGGAUGAUGUCAAAUCCAUCAUGGACAACUUCACCGAGAUCAUCAAGACUGCUAAGAUUGAGGACGAAACUCAAGUCUCUCGAGCAACACAGGGUGAGCAAGAUAACUACGAGAUGCACGUCAGAGCUGCAAACAUUGUCCGAGCUGGUGAGUCCCUGAUGAAACUUGUGUCUGACCUGAAGCAGUUCUUGAUCCUCAAUGAUUUCCCCUCUGUGAAUGAAGCUAUCAACCAGCGCAACCAGCAGCUGAGGAGCUUGCAGGAGGAAUGUGACAAGAAGUUGAUUGCACUACGGGAUGAGAUCUCCAUUGACCUGUACGAGCUAGAAGAAGAAUAUUACUCUUCCAGGUACAAAUAGGGCAGUGGACUUCUCCUUAGUGACUCCACCCCUUCUGGGGGAGUUUGUCCAGACAAACAAAUAGUCCUUAGCUUAUAGGUCUUGAGAAUGUUCCCAACAGAAUUUUAUUCCUAUUUAUAAUUCAGUCAGACUCUCAGCAGCUCAAAACAACUGCCACUUCCUUGCAGAUAUCCUACAGGGUAUAAAUGUCUUGAUGAAGGAGAUAUUCACAGCAUCUAGGUGCCUACUUCAGUUGGCUAGAUUUGACAGAUAAUUUGCAUAGGAUCCUUUGCAAUCAUUGUAAAUGGAGAUGAAUUUCCUUGGGGGACAUAGGCUUCUGUCUCAACAUCCCUCUGUAGGAACUUCUAUCUCUCUCUGUAGGAACUUUUAUCUCCCUAGAGAGCCUAGCUUGCUGAGCUGGGUCCUAAUGUUAGAUGAGAUUAGUACAUCCCCCAUCCUUGUGGUGAGUUCUUUCACAAGUGACCUGGUAACACAAUGUGCCUUUUCUCUUGUAGUCCGCUGCUCCAGUUGCCUGGAGUCCUGUUGAGGAAAUGAGCAAAAAAGACAUGCUCAGUUUCAUUGAAUUAUGAAGUAUUGUGAUAGGAUUUUUUUAGGAAAGAUUUAUAACUCGUUUGUUUCUGGAAUUUUUAAGAUUUUAAAAACACUUUUACUUAGAAAACAGAUUUUAGAGAAUUUAGGCACUUUAUUUUUUUAAUUUUUUUUGUCAUGCACUCCAGCACUUGUAAAUGAAAGCAGAAGAAAACAAAUGAGAACCUGAUUAUGUUGGCUGCACUGCCCAAACUAAGUGAAAUCAGUGCAAUAGUGGUGUGAAUUCUAAACAAAAACUUUUCUAAAUCUUACACAAAAUUUUCAUGUCCAGGUUUUCCAUUUUUGUCUCUUCCCUCUUUCUAAAAAUUCUCAGUGUCUAUAACCCCAGAUAAGUUAACUAAAACCGUAAUUGCUCAGUACCUUUGGAAGUUAGGCCAUUGUUUAUGGGUAAUAUAAAUAUUUUAACACUAAAAUGAUACGACAUAGUUUAGAAACUGCUACAACGCUUUAAGAAAACUCGAGGUAAAGUUUAGAGUUGGUUUUCAAACUUUACUCAGUUUUUGGGAGAGGUGGCAAGGGGUCCUAGAAACGUCUCGGAAAGGAAGAGUGAUGAUCACAACCCUAAGCACUACUCCUGGCCCUAAUGGGUCAGGGACGUAUCCACUACACAGACUGCACACAGCACAGCGUGGGCUGCACCAGGGUGACCCAGUGUGGGAUGGCAGUGCCUCGUGUGCCAGAGGAGCUUCUCCUUCACUGUCACCAGGCUGCCCCGGCUGUGUGUCAGUUUUCCUUCUUGGGCUAGGGGGUUCUGACCAUGCUGGCGUGGUCUCUUAACCUGCCUGGCACAAGGUGCCGUGUAAAGCAACCCUUUGUAACAGAGCUAACAUCUAAACACAAAUGGUUCUCUUUCCUGGUACACUAAAUGGAUCUGCCUUCACGUUCUUUCUUGUAAGAGUGGUUGUGAGGUGAGGAAGCUUGGCUAGUGUACAGAGCUAUGAUCCCUCCACUGAAACCUCGUAUCAUAUAGCACUUAAUCAUUGCUUUUAGCGCUUAACUCCCUUCUUGUGCUCUUUCCUGCCUUUUUCUGCACCAAAGAAAUUGUGUGUGUAAAUACAGAAACAGUGAUUUAUUCAAAGACCUUUUAUAAUUAUAAUAUUAAGAUAUUUUUAAUGACAUUUUAUUGCCUGAUGUGGGAAAACAUUUUUGUUAUGUCACAUAGCCGUAGGGUGUUCUAAUCAUGUUGAAAUGGCUGUGAAUGUAAAAGCUGGCCUGCCCACCAACAGGACGUUUUUCUGUGCUGACCUGGGAGCCCGGCUGGGGUUUCUCAUCUGUACUCCGUUACUUUCUCCCGGGGCUUGAUCCCACAGGAUGUGUAAAGAGGUGCACAGCCCUCUGAGGACAGGAUGUGGGUUCCAUGCAGCAGUCCUGCCAAACUGUUCUCCAGUGCCCCGGUUACCCUGAAGUUCAGCGGUGAGUUCAUUUUAGGUUGUCCCCCCAGGGAAAGCUGUAGAAAAGUGAGUUUCCUAACAGCUGUGAAAGGCCUGUUAGAGGUGUUAGAGGGAGCAUGUCCUGCCCAGCAAUUGUCACUGCCUUUUUUUUUAUGCUAAUAGCACUGAGAGGCAGCCCCUUGCACCACAGCCAGUACCCAGCAGGAUGUGCCUGGGCUGUAGGGUUGGGCUUCCUUGCGAAGCUUUUCCUGUCCACACGGGGGAUUUGGUGAGAGGACCUGCAAGCAGGUCGAUGAGACUGAAGCUGAGAAGAUAGCUCUGAGGGGGGCUCUGCUUUUAGUCCCUGUGUUUGAGCAGUUUCCUGGAGCUGUUCCUUCGUGCACAGACCUGGCUGUGUGCCCCAGGGAGAACAGUGAAGUCUCUUUCAAACACUAAGAAACCUUCAGCCAAAGGCCAGGAUAGGACUUUAGGUGGUGCUGCUGCGGGCCGUGCAGCUGCUGCUCUUCCACUCGCCUUUCAAGGAGUGGGAUGUGAGAGGUUAGGUUUUGGGAGCUGUUCGAUCUGGGGCAGCAGCAGAAGCAGCUACACACGGACGCAGCUAAAAUGUUCUUAGAAACUGACCUGCCAGGACAGGUGUGGUGGAUGCCGUGGCUGGGUUCUCCUUGGAAACCACGGCUUGGGGUUUGAGACUGACAGAAAAGGGACUGGAGCUCUGGGUCGGUCCCACGGGUUUUCACUGAGUGAACCCAGAGCUGCUUUGUGCUGGGGACUCGAGGGCAGGGGGAGCCUGCUCCAGCAAUAGGAAUCUUUCGAGGGGUUUAACAAAGGCCCUGGGUAUAAAACCCGUAUCCACUCCCUCCCCACUUCUACUGCAGCUGGGUGAAGCUGCCAGAAAAAAGCUCAAAUGUUAGGUGCUUGCAACUAGUGCUUUGUGUGCUUAUUCUUCAAAGCAGUAACUCCAAGUCCAGCUUGCCUUCUGCCAUCCUAAACCCAAAACUUGUGUUUAUGUUCCAUUGCUCCCUCCUCUGAGAUCACAGGAGCUGUCUUGAGUGUGGACUUAGACCUCAACAUGUUUCAUGUUUGUGCAAUUUGAAGUGUCUCGUAUUUCUGCACUUAAACUAUUUCCCAAAGCAUCUAUUCAAGUCCAUACAUUAAAAAUGUAAAUAAAGCUACAACGACAAAAUCACUGGA